AUGACAUCAUUGGAACAUCUCAACCUUGCAGGGUAUACGGAAGGUGAGUGUCAUCUUGGUGCGUUAGGAAAAUCGACAUUCGUCAACCUGUCACACCUGAAAAUCCUCAACAUCAGCGACUGUAAUAUCGUGGGACCGUACGCUAACGAAAAUGAAACUUUCACCCCGUUGAGAAAUCUCAAAACACUCGACAUUUCAUACAACCGUGUUUUAGGUUUUGAAAAAUUAGGCAAAAUUUUGUCAGGGCUGAAACAUUCUGAUUUAAAAAUUCUCAACAUCAGUGCGGUUGUGUCACGGUAUUCUAAAGGAAUCGACGUCAACGCUUCCAUGGUUCAAAGCCUACCCAGAUCUAUAACACAUCUGGUAGCAAGAGAAAACUGCUUCGAGACAGUCCUUGACGACGCGUUUGACUACAUCCCGGAGAAUUUAACUCACUUGGAUCUUGGCAUCAACAGGUUUCUGUUUGGCGAAUAUCUCCAGAAAGUCUGGAAACUUGAGAAUCUACUAUCACUGGACCUUAACGGUGCCGAUAAUAGCUUCGGCGAGUACAUGGCGGCCUUGGAUGAAGAGGACAAGAUUUUCCAAAAUUUAUCUACCCUCACAACUUUCGAUAUGUCCAACUGUCAGCUUACCAAUAUGCCGAACAAUAUACUAGCCGGCAUGGUUAACCUAGAAAACUUACAUUUAGAAAAAAACAAAAUGUGGAUUUUCAACGUCAGUAUAUCCCACAUGCCUAAUCUGACGCUGCUAAACUUGAGUCACUCCCAAAUCAACAACCUGCUACCCACAACCCGUCAGAGCAUUGACAGACUCUGCACACCAAAAUCUUGCCAAAUCCGCGUCGAUCUCUCCCACUGCCCUAUCAUCUGCGAGUGCAACAAUUUAGACUUUCUAAAAUGGAUGGUCAACUCGAAAGCUUUCGAACCGAGUUUCCACAACUACAUGUGCAAGUUUGCAGACAGCUCGUCCAAGUACAUCAACGACAGCUACCAUGAGAAUCUACGGCUUUUGGAUCUGGAAUGUGAGAGUCACAUUGUUCUAUUUUUAGCCAUCUCCAGUGCCACGUUCAUAUUGUUCUGUUGUAUCUUUGCUUACAUUGUAUACAAAUUCCGCUGGUCCGUCAAGUAUUUUUACUACGCUGUGCUGUACAAGUUCAAUCACCAGCACGAAAACAAUGCGAACGAGUUUCGGUACGACGUCUUCAUCAGCUAUUCCUCCAUCGACGAUGAUUUCAUUGUGCAUACCGUCAAUAAAGAGCUGAGGGACAGGGGCCUCAAGCUUCACGUCCACGGGAGGGACUUUGUCACGGGCAACUGGAUAGCGGCCAACAUAGUGACGGCCAUCAAGGAGAGCAGGAAGACGCUGGUCAUCUUGACCAGAAACCUUCUGACCAGCAAGUGGUGUAACUAUGAAAUCCAGAUGGCCAACAUGGAGUCAAUAGACCGUGGCCGUCCCACUCUGGUGUUCCUGCUGAAAGAGUCCAUCCCCUCCAAGGAACUGGGCCAUGACCUGCUGUGCCACAUCAAGCGUAACACGUACAUCUCCUACCCCCAGCCUGAUGAUACAACAAACGACAGCGUCUAUCGUGUCUUCUGGAAUAAGCUGGCUGAAGAUCUCAAGCGCUGA